AGGGACCAUGUCUACCUUUGGCUACCGAAGAGGACUCAGUAAAUAUGAAUCCAUCGACGAGGAUGAACUCCUCGCCUCCCUGUCAGCUGAGGAGCUGAAGGAGCUAGAGAGAGAGUUGGAAGACAUUGAACCUGACCGCAACCUUCCCGUGGGGCUAAGGCAGAAGAGCCUGACUGAGAAAACCCCCACAGGGACAUUCAGCAGAGAGGCACUGAUGGCCUAUUGGGAAAAGGAGUCCCAAAAACUCUUGGAGAAGGAGAGACUGGGGGAAUGUGGAAAGGUUGCAGAAGACAAAGAGGAAAGUGAGGAAGAGCUUAUCUUUACUGAAAGUAACAGUGAGGUUUCUGAGGAAGUGUAUACAGAGGAGGAGGAGGAGUCCCAGGAGGAAGAGGAGGAAGAAGACAGCGAUGAAGAGGAAAGAACAAUUGAAACUGCAAAAGGGAUUAAUGGAACUGUAAAUUAUGAUAGUGUCAAUUCUGAUAACUCUAAGCCAAAGAUAUUUAAAAGUCAAAUAGAGAACAUAAAUUUGACCAACGACAGCAAUGGAAGAAACACAGAGUCCCCAGCUGCCAUUCACCCUUGUGGAAAUCCUACAGUGAUUGAGGACGCUUUGGACAAGAUUAAAAGCAAUGACCCUGACACCACAGAAGUCAAUCUGAACAACAUUGAGAACAUCACAACACAGACCCUUACCCGCUUUGCUGAAGCCCUCAAGGACAACACUGUGGUGAAGACGUUCAGUCUGGCCAACACGCAUGCCGAUGACAGUGCAGCCAUGGCCAUUGCGGAGAUGCUCAAAGUCAAUGAGCACAUCACCAAUUUAAACGUCGACUCCAACUUCAUAACGGGAAAGGGGAUCCUGGCCAUCAUGAGAGCUCUGCAGCACAACACGGUGCUCACGGAGCUGCGUUUCCACAACCAGAGGCACAUCAUGGGCAGCCAGGUGGAAAUGGAGAUUGUCAAGCUGCUGAAGGAGAACACGACGCUGCUGAGGCUGGGAUACCAUUUUGAGCUCCCAGGACCAAGAAUGAGCAUGACGAGCAUUUUGACAAGAAAUAUGGAUAAACAGAGGCAAAAACGUUUGCAGGAGCAAAAACAGCAGGAGGGAUAUGAUGGAGGACCCAAUCUUAGGACCAAAGUCUGGCAAAGAGGAACACCUAGCUCUUCACCUUAUGUGUCUCCCAGGCACUCACCCUGGUCAUCCCCAAAACUCUCCAAAAAAGUCCGGACUGUGAGGAGCCGUCCUCUGUCUCCUGUGGCCACACCUCCUCCUCCUCCCCCUCCUCCUCCUUCCCCUCCCCCUCCUUCCCAAAGGCUGCCACCACCUCCUCCUCCUCCCCCUCCUCCACUCCCAGAGAAAAAGCUCAUUACCAGAAACAUUGCGGAAGUCAUCAAACAACAGGAGAGUGCCCAACGGGCAUUACAAAAUGGACAGAAAAAGAAAAAAGGGAAAAAGGUCAAGAAACAGCCAAACAAUAUCCUAAAGGAAAUAAAAAAUUCUCUGAGGUCAGUGCAAGAGAAGAAAAUGGAAGACAGUUCCCGACCUUCUACCCCACAGAGAUCAGCUCAUGAGAAUCUCAUGGAAGCAAUUCGGGGAAGCAGCAUAAAACAGCUAAAGCGGAUGACAGAAAUGCCCUGUGAUGACCAAAUGCUUGGACAAUGUAGGGUGACUGCCACCAAUGAGCCAAAAUACAAUCACAUGCAUCAGAGUCAGAGGCUGGCUCCUCAAAGCAAGCUAGCUUUUCUGGUUAGAGAUGGACACAGGAUGUUGGCGGCGUCUACCAACACCCAGAUGAUAUGA